UUCCCUCUCCUCCCUCACCCUCCCAACUUCACCCUUUCUCAUAGACGUUUUUAUCAUCGUCAGGCUCUAUCAGUAGCCGAUCGUUUUAUUACAUUUGCCCUCUACGUCGAUGACAUUAGUAACUCAAACGACAGUUCGCCUCUCCACCUCGCCCGCUCCCGCCACCACAGAAUCAGCUGUAAGCUGGAGGCAAGACUUACCGCCCCUGUGCCCUGCCAGACUGCUUUCGACACAGCGCAAGUGAGAUAAGCUGUGGCGAACCAGAGCGAGCUCAGUGGAUGGUUGACAUUUUGGUUCCGGGAGUUGUACGCGCGUUUCGUUGACAUCACCAAUAGUUCAGAGUUACAUCUCGACUUGAUUGUCUUCAAACUUAGUUUACUCUUCUCAUUUUUCUGUGUUUGCUGUUUUUUUUUCUAACGAGUACCAAAAAAAACAAAAAAACGAAAACUACUCUGGAAACCUGGCGUUUGUUUCGAUUCUUAGUUAUUUUUUGGGUUAUCGUCGUGAAGGCCAUGUUGGGAUCUUGUUAGAAGCACAGAAAACGUGUUAAUUAGUAGCUGCAACUAUAAGAGAGAAAUUAUUAUUAUUUUUAUUUUUUUGCGUAUGUGAAACGUGUUGCAUCGAAUUAGGUCGGAUUGUAAAAUUGUUUUUCACCUGGACGUGUUUUCUGUGUGUUGGACUAGCUCGACUUCUCAAGUGGGUUGUUCCGGAGAUAGGCCAAAAAGUCAUCGAUCGUAGGCGGAAAAUAAUGGCGGAGUAUGGCAUUCUAGAGGUCUUCGACAUCUAGUGUUUAUCUCGGGCCUCACACAUUGAGAGAGGAGCAGAGAUACGAUGUAGUGAGAGACAGGUAGUGUGUUGGGAGAGAAAUGCUGGAGACAGGUGACAAGACAGUCCAUACAAUGGAAGAGGAGGAAAAGCAAAGAGUCACUAAUAUGAUACGGCGCACCAAACUUCACAAGGAUUAUCUCGAUAACAAAAAGAAAGAAGAAGACGCUAAUGUUGCGGAAGAAAGUAAAACGAAAAGAGAAAGAGAAAACAAGGCUGGGGGAAUAAGUGACGAAAGUGAUAACCAAAAAUAUGAUGAAGUGAAGGAAGACGAAAAAGAAAUGAAUGAAGGGGACGAAAACUCAUUUUCUGAUAACGAAAUUGAGAACGAUCACAACGAAAAAAGUGAUGUAAGAGAAGUUGAGUGUGACGAGGAGAAGGAAAAUGAGGACGAUACGAACGGAGAUGAGAUGGACGAUGAGGAGUUAGAAGAGGGUGACGAUGAAGUGUACCACGAAGAAGAGGAGGAGGGAGAGUGUGUGGACGAGGAGGUGAGGGAGUACCGCCGUCUACGUCACCAGCAGAUCUGCGAGCAGCUGCAACGGCAGCAACAUCGGGCCCUGGAUAGGUCCAGCUCUCAAGGACGUACCUCGUCGACCAAACACCCGCCCAACAGAUACAUCAAGAAGUGUAAGAGCGCCACCUUCUCCCUGGAUGGGAUGUUGUAUACCAUAGGUGAGUAGCUCUGUGUCCUCGUGUCCCGGUAUCCAAUGGUUUUUCUGGGCAUUUCUUUCUCUAUCGUUGUAUAACUUGCAGUUAUUUUGUUGGGGGUUUUGCGGUUGUUGUUUUUGUUGUUGUUGUUGUUGUUGUUAUUGCUGUUCUUGUUGUUGUUGUUGUUGUUGUUGUUGUGCGUGUGUGGGUGGGGGGGGGGAGGGGGGAGCCUAUCCUUGCGAACUGUUUGGAGCCCCUAACGCCAGGGCCACCUCCUCUCUUGUUGUUGUUGUUGUAGUUGUUGUUGUUUUUGUUGUUGUAAUUUGAAACAUGUACGUCUCUCUAUGAUAGCAUAACGAAAUAUAUAAAGACUUCAGUGGAAUAACCACCUUGUCACAAUUUUUAAAUAAGUUGUUUUUUCUCGUUGCAUUCUAUUAAAGUCAUAUUGCCAUCUCUGCAAAUGAGACCAUAGAUACUCCAGCGAAGUCCUGUGUUAAAAAAGAUAAAAGAAAUUCUAUACGCGCCAUGAGAUACGCCUUUCUAUUAUUUGAAGUUCCAUAAUAUUCUCCACUUUCUUAAUGGGACUUACCAGGGGUUUCUUUCCCAAUGGAGUCUCCAUUUGUAUUGGUAAUCCGAUUCUUAGUGUAUGACUCUCAAGAAUCAUGCAGGUGUAUGCCUCAAAGAAAAUUUAAUGUCUUCACUCUCCGUUAUCUGCGCAAUCCUGUUUCUUAGGGCAGUUUUACUUUUAUUUUCAAUUGAGAUAUCCUUAUUUUUUUAAACAAAGGGGGCUCACGUUACCUGAGUUUGUAUCGUGCUUGACUUCAGAGCGGAACGCAGUGGUUCGAAUCCCCAAACAGGACAAUCUGAACUUGGUUUGUUUUAGGGAGUAUAUACGCCUCUCCGCCCAUAUGGUUCGAUCAGAUCUGGGCUGGACGUUGGAUUGGAAAGUCAGACCUGGCCUCGUAAGUAACACUAUAGCGCUGAAAGGGUCGUUGCAUCCACACAAUGACAAUGACAUUGGAACAAAUCAUUUCAAUUCAAGUUUGUUUUUGAUGGAUAUAAUACUACAUCUUACAAGAUUCAGUAAUAGUCAGACAUUUUCAAAGUGAAGGGAGCACACGGCGGGUGUUUGGGGGUGACCUAGGAUUUAAGGGGGGGGUGUUAGUCUGAGGUGGGUUUUUUAGAAAAUAAUUCUUCAAGGACAGGCUGUUUCAUCAUCUUACUGACUCUCUAAAUAAAAGUACUGUUCUCCAAAUAUCUACCCUACUCAAUCCCCUCCCC